AUGAAUGGACGGCCAGAGACUCCCAGCUUCAGGCGCCUCUAUUGGUCCUCCUCUUCCUUACUGCCGCCGCCCUCACACUAUGUACGCCUUCAGGAGCCGCCCUCACACUAUGUAUGCCUUCAGGAGCCGCCCUCACACUAUGUACACCUUCAGGAGCCGCCUCACUAUGUACGACUUCAGGAGCCGCCUCACACUAUGUACCAGGAGCGCCCUCACACUAUACGCCUUCAGAGCCGCCCUCACGCUAUGCACGCCUUCAGGAGCCGCCCACACUAUGUACGACUCUCAGAGCCGCCCUCACACUAUGUACGCCUUCAGGAGCCGUCCUCACACUAUGUACGCCUUCAGGAGCCGUCCUCACACUAUGUACGCCUUCAGGAGCCGUCUCACACUAUGUACGCCUUUCGGGAGCUCACACUAUGUAUGACUUCAGGAGCUGCCCCACACUAUGUACGCCUUCAGGAGCCGCUCACACUAUGUACGCCUUCAGGAGCCGCCCUCACACUAUGUAAUGACCAGGAGCCGCUCUCACACUAUGUACGCCUUCAGAGCCGCCCUCACACUAUGUACGCCUUCAGGAGCGCUCACACUAUGUACGCCUUCAGGAGCCGCUCACACUAUGUACGCCUUCAGGAGCCGCCCUCACACUAUGUACGACUUCAGGAGCUGCCCCACACUAUGUACGCCCUUCAGGAGCCGCUCUCACACUAUGUACGCCUUCAGGAGCCGCCCUCACACUAUGUACACCUUCAGGAGCCGCCCUCACACUAUGCGCCUCAGGAGCCGCCCUCACACUAUGUACGCCUUCAGGAUGCCCUCACACUAUUUACUCACCUUCAGGAGCCGCCACUAACAUGGUGGGGGUGGGACGAGUCUGAUAAACCUGGAGUUGGUCUCACGCUGCAGAUAUUCAGCAACAAUGAAAAAGUGAGAGUGCACAGUUUCCAGAGUCUCCUAGCAGUUUCCAAAGUCUCCUACGAGUUCCUAAAGGCUCCUAAAAGUUUCCAAAAGUUCCUAUGA